AUGAUUGCCAUAGGCCUUGAAGGCAGCGCCAAUAAGCUUGGUGUAGGUAUCAUAUCGCAUCCUUCACCAGGCAAACCAGCGCAAAUCCUCUCCAACCUCCGCCACACCUUUGUAACCCCGCCCGGAGAAGGGUUUCUACCCAAAGACACAGCAAAACACCACCGAUCAUGGGUCGUUCAACUGGUCAAGCAAGCUAUGGCCGAAGCCAAGGUUAUGAUAAAGGAUGUGGAUUGCAUUUGUUACACAAAAGGUCCGGGGAUGGGGGCUCCACUACAGAGUGUUGCAGUUGCUGCUCGGAUGCUCGCCUUGCUAUGGGAGAAAGAGCUUGUCGGGGUCAAUCAUUGUGUGGGGCAUAUCGAGAUGGGACGGGAGAUUACAGGCGCUGAUAAUCCAGUGGUAUUGUACGUCAGCGGAGGAAACACGCAGGUCAUUGCAUAUGCCGAGCAACGAUAUCGAAUCUUCGGAGAGGCAUUAGAUAUUGCUGUGGGAAAUUGUCUGGACAGAUUCGCCCGGACUUUGGAGAUCAGCAACGAUCCAGCCCCAGGAUAUAAUAUCGAGCAACUGGCGAAGAAGGGGAAAGUCUUGCUCGAUUUACCGUAUGCUGUGAAGGGUAUGGAUUGCUCCUUUGCCGGUAUCCUAUCCAGUAUAGAUGUUCUCGCCGCAGAGCUCAAAGCAAACCCAGAGACAAAGGACCCGAUUACCGGAGAAGUUAUCACUACGGCCGAUCUCUGCUUCACUUUACAGGAGACCAUAUAUGCCAUGUUGGUUGAGAUCACAGAGAGGGCCAUGGCUCAUGUUGGGAGCAGUCAGGUUUUACUUGUUGGAGGAGUGGGCUGUAAUGAAAGGCUACAGGAGAUGAUGGGUCUCAUGGCUGCUGGUAGAGGUGGCAGCAUCUUUGCUACUGAUGAGCGUUUCUGUAUUGACAACGGGAUAAUGAUUGCACAUGCUGGUUUGCGGGCAUAUGAGACUGGAUUUAGAACUCCACUUGAAGACAGUACUUGUACGCAGCGGUUCAGAACAGAUGAGAUGUUCAUCAAAUGGAGAGACUGA